CUUCCUGGUUCACAAACAUGGCGGGUGUGAGGUGGCUGAUACUUACUGCGGCUGUGUCAGGGUGGUGGAUUCAACUCAUACUGGGUACUACCUGCCAGGAAGGAAAGUUCGGAGACACCUGUAGCUACUCAUGCCACUGUACUCCGCCCUGUAACCAGACAACUGGAGUCUGUAACGGUGCAUGUGAUCGAGGUUGGUUUGGUGGGAAUGGGCAAACUUGUCAGAGAGAGAACGUUGCCUUCAACAAAACAGCAUCUUCGUCCGCAACUGACUAUGCGUCUAAAGGCUGGACUGCAGACAAAGUUGUGGAUGGGAACCGGGACCAGGAUCUGCUCCACAACUCCUGUUUUCACUCUCAUUCUUUGGUACCUAAUCCUACGUGGACAGUGGACCUGGGACAGCCGUACAGGAUACACGACGUCAGGAUAUACAACAGGGCAGGAUCUAUUCAUUUGAUCAGGACUGCUGUCCUCACACUGAGUAAUACCAGCAGCUCCACACCCCGCGUCACCUGCUACACCUUCCCCUCUGACACAGCUCAAACACCCGACAGCGUGUACGACGUGACGUGUGACGGCACAGGGAGAUACUUCACCAUCACACACAGCACAGAGCUAAAUCUGUGUGAGGUGGAGAUUUAUGGUAUGGAUAAUUGCUCAUAACAGUUAACUGUGCGUAGGCACUGCCUUUUAAUUAGCAUAUAUUUGAUCUCUAGAUAAUACUAAAGCUCGGAACUUAAUACAUUAAUUUCACGAGUGACAUAUUUUCCAUAAUCACUCGUACAUGUACCUCGUGGGUCUUUCUAUAAAUAUUCGAUGACUGUGACUUUUGUUAUGUUUGCUAUCUUAAAGUGCAUGUAAAGUGAAAACAUUGAUUGUGAUGCUCCUUCGUGUGAAUAAUCGGAUUCCAAAAACAUAUCUAUGCAUGGACUAAUGCUACCGGCACAACGUUUCAGGGUUUCAUUGGCUGAUCUGAUGACUUGGUUUCAGCGUUUGCUAUAUACUCCAUCUUGUGAUGCUUAUCAGCUAUACAGAUACGCCAGGAAGCAACCCAGAGCAAAUCUAGAAGUGUUGCUAUAUAUGUUAAUCAAACGUUGUGGGCACUGUAAACGAAGGAUCUGAGAGAAACAAAGCCCUGUAAUGCGAUUUAAAGAAACCGAGGCGGAAGAUGACAGACUGGCCACCGCCCAAUCAUUGAAAUUGCGCAGUGCGUCAAACACCGGAACCGUUUUAACCCAAGUGGUUGAUUUUUUGUUCGGGGACGAUUUCACUUGUCAUUUUCUUAUCCUUUCUUUAUGCUCAUCCGUUUUUCUAAUAAAAUUUGGGUCAAGCAUUUGUAAAGUAUUAAAUUCUGUGAACAGUGUGCACCCGAAUAUGACUGCGAAAGGAGUAUGGAGGACUGUGAAUUAAUGGACAGGACGAUAGUGUAACUUAACCAUAUUUACGCGCCGCUUUCGGUGUUUUAAAUACGAUAUUUGCAUUAACAAUGUCACGAUCUGUCCAAUUCUACUAAGUUUUACCCACUCAGAGCACUUUAAGAUCUCUUACAAAUGACGUAUACAUUCCUAUAAACUGGCUUAAAUAAAACGCAAAGCUCUUAUGAAAUAGAUAGGCUCUGAACUGACAAGGAAUGAAGUUUCAACAUCCUUAUCUUCGUUGUAAAUGAGGCGCAGUG